AUGCGGGCCGCCGUCUCCACCGAGUCGGCCCUGGGCCCCCGAGGACCCCUCGGCUUGCCCUUAUCAGAGCGCGGCUUCCUCUUGCUGGUGGCUCGAGCUGCGCAGCGUGGUGCUCGCCGAAAAGACCAUCCCCCUCGUCCGCCCACUCCCUCCCCCCCUGUGUACGAUUUCGGUCUCCGGCGGGACGUAACGGUCGCCUUCUCAAUGGGCUGCUUCUCCAGUCGCGUCGAGCCCUCGACCGAGGAGCUGUCCGGCUUUCCCACCGCCGAACGCGACGCCCCGACGCCCGCUGACACCGCCGCGCCAACGCAGCCGGCCGCCGCCCUCCCCUCCGCCACCGAUCUCGGCGUGAGCGAGGAGAAGCUGGAGCUGUGGCGCAAGCGCGGCGGCGGUGACCUGGAGCCGGUCCUCGCGAGCGGCGCCGUCGCCCUCCUCGACGCGCAGUGGAUCAUCAGCCACGCCGAGGCGGGCGGCGUCCUCACCCACCGCCAGGCGCUGCCCGAAGAGGCCUUCCUCUCCCUCGCCGACCUCGCCGACCUCGUCGAGGCGAUCGACGAGUAUGACUGGCUUCCCGUCGCCGCGCUCUCCUACCCGUGGCUGACCAAGGACCACCCCGACCCGCGCGGAGCCAACCUCACCCGCGUCGCAAGGGCGCUCAAGGCCCUGCUCACCUCUCCGUACGUCCGGCGGCUCGGCAUCUUUUGGGACUUCGGCUCGCUGCACCAGCACCCCGACCCCGCCAACGGCGUCAUGCGCUCUGAGGAGCAGAACGCGCUCUUCAAGCAGGGGCUGGGCUGCCUCGGCACGCUCUACUCCCACCCGUACACUUGGGUGCUGCGGCUGACCUCCUUCCCGGACGGCCACAAGGCGGAGGACCAGGCCGAGGGCACCAACGUGGCCGCGUACUUUGAUCGCGGCUGGUGCUUCACGGAGCAGAGCUGGGCGAGCCUGACCAAGGACGGCGGCCUUUCGCUCGACCUCGGCUUGAUGUACAACUCCACGGCUGCAAGGCUCAAGAAGUACAACUACUGGAGCCUCCGAGCCGACUGCACCAAGGGCGGCGGCCGGCGCCCUCCGCUGCUGCCGUCUGCGUUCGCGGCGGAGCUGGAGACGAAGAGCUUCACCAACGGCAAGGACGACAAGCCGCUGGUGAAGCGGUUGUACGAGGCCGCCUUCAAGGAGCAGUUUGGCAAGGCGACCUGGCUGAAGUACGGCAUGCUCGGCUGGGGCGACGCGGAGGCGGCGCAGCUGGCGGAGGUCCUCGCGAGCGGGGCAGCGCCGCGGCUCGAGAAGCUCAAUCUCCAGGACAACAAGAUUGGCGACGAGGGCUGCAAGGCGCUGGCCGCCGCCCUCGGCAAGGAGGGGGCAGCGCCGCGGCUCGAGACGCUCUAUCUCCACAGCAACCAGAUUGGCGACGAGGGCUGCAAGGCGCUGGCCAUCGCCCUCAAGGAGGUUGCUCAUGGUGGGCCGCGAGAACAAGAAGCAGCCUGA